CACACACACACGGAUCUGACACCCGGCCGUCAGCAGCCUUCACCAGCGGGGAAGGCGGCGGCUGUUUCCUCGCUUCCUGCUUCCUCAAUAAGAGCCGCUGUGCAACCUAGAAGACGGAGCGAUCAAUACUGGUGGACAAGGACCUGCUAAACCCACAGGGAGCUGCUUGUUUGGUAUCAAAUCCUGUGUCAGGACGGACUGUGAUCCAGUAAAGUGCGCUCCGGACCCGCUGGUUCCUCUGAGUCCUGAUCCUCUGCAUCCUGACAUGGGCCGCGGCUCGGAUUGGACAUAAACACACAGACUGACUCUGACUGGCACCAGUUAUGACACCCCGAUGGACUUGGUUCCCUCGGGCGCACUGCCAGGACAGAAAACCCCCUGGUCCGGACCAGGAGAGGAAGAAGCGCUGGGCUGAGCUGUUUGAUCAGCUGGACGUCAACAAAGAUGGACGAAUCGAUAUCCUUGAACUGCGGGCAGGGCUGGCAAGCCGGGGGCUUUCCAAAGGCACCGUGGACAGGAUCGUGGAGGCCGGGGACACCAACCAGGAUGGAGUACUGGACUUUGAGGAGUUCACGCAGUAUCUUUACACUCAUGAAAAACAGCUCAAACUCAUGUUUAGUCACCUGGACAGGAACAAUGAUGGUCAGAUAGAUGUAGCAGAGAUCCAGCACUCUCUGCGCACCAUUGGCGUGGACGUGAGCCUCGAGGAUGCCACCAGGAUUUUGCAAAGAAUGGACAAAGACGGUACCAUGACCAUUGACUGGAAUGAGUGGCGGGAGUACUUCCUGUUUAAACCUCUCACUAACAUGGAGGACGUAGCACGCUACUGGAAGCGCUCAAUGAUGUUGGACAUCGGUGAGCAGCUGACAGUGCCAGAUGAAUUUUCUGAGGAGGAGAAGAAGUCAGGCUAUGUGUGGCGGCAGCUGUUGGCUGGAGCCAUGGCUGGAUCUGUGUCCCGGACUGGGGUUGCCCCCUUAGAUCGCCUCAAAGUCUUCCGACAGGUUCAUGGUUUCAUUGAUUUUAAAGGGAAUGUGCUGAGCAGCUUUCGGUACAUGCUGAAAGAAGGAGGAGUGCGGUCGCUCUGGAGAGGCAACGGGAUGAAUGUGCUCAAAAUUGCACCAGAAACUGCCAUCAAGUUCACGGCUUAUGAACAGAUCAAAAGUGUGAUGCGGGGCAAAAAUGAAACAAAAACUCUGAGGCUUCAUGAGAGGUUUGUUGCCGGCUCUUUGGCUGGAGCUACAGCUCAGACAGCCAUCUACCCAAUGGAGGUGCUAAAGACCCGUCUCACACUGAGAAAAACAGGCCAAUUCUCAGGAAUAGCAGACUGUGCCAAACAGAUCCUACAGAAAGAAGGUGUCACAGCCUUUUACAAGGGCUAUGUGCCCAACCUGCUGAGUAUUGUCCCUUACGCCGGCAUCGACCUGGCUGUCUACGAGACUCUGAAGUUUGCCUGGCUGAACAGACACAGAGGUUUAGCCGACCCUGGGGUCACGAUGCUGGUCUGCUGUGGUGCUGUCUCUAGCACCUGUGGACAGCUGGCAAGUUACCCUCUGGCACUGAUCCGCACUCGAAUGCAGGCACAAGCUUCAGUGAAAGGAGCCCCUAAACCCUCCAUGCUGGCCUUGUUUCAAAACAUCUUGACCCAGGAGGGUGUUGCCGGACUAUAUCGAGGGAUUUCCCCCAACCUCCUGAAAGUCAUCCCUGCUGUUAGUGUGUCCUACGUCGUCUACGAGUACAUGAGGAUAUGCCUGGGAGUGGACAUUGAGGGUAGGAGGGAUGGGAAAGGGAAGGGGUAGAUAAAAGAGUCAAUGGUUUGGGGUUGGUUUCAACUGCAAGCACGUACAGAUCUGUUGGCAGUGCAUGAGGAAAUGGGCCUUGACUGUGGAUGAAUCCAUGGUGCUGUGUUCAUGAGUCUUUGAGUUUUCAGGAUGAGGAUGAUUGGAUGGAAAAUCCAUGGAUGGUAAAGGGAAAAACAACAGAUCAUUGUGAAAGCAUCACACUUGGAGGACCUCACCUGAACUGGCAGCUGCUGUGAUGAGUUUCACGUGUGAUUUAUUGCAUCACAGUGCAUGUCAGCAGUUGUGUGAGAGCUAAUCUACUAGCCUGCCGCUGCUGCAUUGACUUGGACAGGUGAAGACUUGCAUGAACUUGCCUGAGAAUGCACUGAUAAAAGGUGCAACCAAACUUGGAAGCCAUGUUACAUUCCUGCAGCAUUAUUUUUUCUCCUAGGUGGUAUAUAGAGAAGAUACAGGACUGAUAGGAGGAACGACCCAGUUUCCUGUUCUAUAAGUGAGGGGAACCUGAAGUUGCCGCACACCGGUGGAUAUACAGAGUCCGGACUUUUGAAUGGAGCAACAUAAUCCCAGUUUGAUCUUGGAAUGGACCAUUUCCAUUUUGCAAAGCAUUUCCCUGUAUUCUGCUUGUUUAUUUUUUGACUCUCAAAGUUGUACAGUGUAUCCAUAGGUAAUAUUAAAAGUUCACAUAUAAAA